UAAUUAUGGAUUUGAAACGAACCACCAAAUUCAAAAGGAACGAUGAAGAAGGAGAUAAGGAAAUGGCCUCUGAUGAUAAACAAGGAGUGAAAAUUGGGGAGAAAGCAGCAACAUCUACAGGUUCCGUGUACAGUCAUGGGAGACCUAUCAUUAGGGCUGAGAUCGAAAAAAUUAAUCGGAUACAGAACGGACACACAGUUUGACGUAACAUCCUACGGUCAAAGAUAACAGAGUUAUUAGCGUGUUCAACGGUUAAAAUAAAACAAGAGUCACACCUUAUCAUAUCUCCAGUACCCCUACAACUUUCUCCCAAAUUUUCUGUUCGCAUCCAUACCUCUUCAAAUCGAACUCUACGGACAAAUUACCGAAAAGGGUUCCUUUUUGUGGGCGUUUCCUGUUCUGUAUUCGGUGCUUUGGUCGAGAAAUACCCAAGAGAGUUGCUCCUGGAAUUGAGGAUCAGGUUCUGGAUUUUGAUUCUGGGAUUUGGAGAGCUGAGUCUCCCUUUCUGCUUUCUUGUUUUGGAUAGAGACUUUGUGCCAUGGAGGCUUAUAAAAGAUGGGUUAGGAGGAAUAAAGACUACGUGCACUCACUGGAAUCUCUUACCAAUGGAUUGACGUGGCUUCUUCCUGAGCGGUUUUCUGCUUCAGAGAUAGGACCAGAAGCAGUAACUGCUAUCUUGGGCAUAAUCACUGCUAUCAACGAGCAUAUAAUCGAAACGACUCCAACCCAAUGGCAGGCUGGCUUUGUAGAGCCAUUUUCUUUCCCUUAUUCAUUGUGCAUAUCUGCGGUAAAGGACUUGGAAACACUAGUUGAAGUUACAGCACAACAUUAUUAUGGUGAAGAUAAGAAAUGGAAUUUCAUAGCUGUUACAGAAGCAUUGAAGGUGUUAGUUAGAUUGGCGUUGUUCCGGAACAGUGGAUAUAAGAUGCUUCUGCAUGGAGGAGAGACACCAAAUACUGAAAAGCAUUCAAAUUUAUCUUCUCAGCAAACUGUUGGAGGUUUCUCAAAGCAUGGAAACCAUCAUGGGCCUAGUCAUUCACGAUAUAUUAAUGGACGGAAUCCAUGGAAUCUAGAAGGGAGGGCAUUGUCAGCAUUGAGUAGGUUUGGAGAAAAUGCUAGAAUGGUAUCUGACCGGGUAUGGUUGGGUAGGGUUCAACAUCAACAUGCAAUCAUAGAGCCUCCAUCUCCAGUGGUUCAGAGGAUGACACUUGCCACAAUAUUGUCUGAGAAAGGUUUACAUGGAGCACUAUUUGUCAUGGGAGAGGUGCUCUGUAUCACAAGACCGCUUAUUUAUGUUUUGUUUAUCAGAAAAUAUGGAAUUCGGUCAUGGACCCCUUGGUUUCUUUCUCUAGCUGUGGAUUUUAUUGGAAUAGGCUUUCUAACCCAAGCUACAAAGUCAAUGCAUGGUGGAAAAGGGCAACCAUUGCAUCUUACUGUCUCUGAAAUGGAUGAGUUAAAAAGAAGAAAAUUGUUAUGGGCUCUUUACCUUAUGAGAGAUCCAUUCUUUAGCAAGUACACCAGGCAAAGACUUGAAAGCACUGAAAAACUACUGGAACCUGUUCCUAUUAUCGGGCUUCUAACAGCAAAAAUUGUUGAGCUUGUUAUUGGAGCUCAGACUCGUUACACUUACAUGUCAGGAUCAUGAGACAAAUCUGCAAGAAGUUAGUCUUGUGAUAUUUCUCAACCUUUUAGGUGAAGUAUACGGCCAAUUGUAGGACUUGAGAGUUUUGUUAUCCUAGAGUAUUCUGGACAUGGUUACUGCUGUCAAAUGACUUGGUCAUAUUCCAUCCGUGUCAUAAGUAGAAAUUCAACGAAGCUUUGUUUGAUGAAAACUAGGCUCAAAUAGUCUAAUAAGUUGAAAGAUGCAUAGUGCUCAAGAAUUAGAGUGUUGUGUGCUCAAGAUUGCUUUGGCGGUCUUCUUGAGUUUAGGCUAUGUAUAUGUAAACACUAUUACGUUGGUUUAUGGAGUAGAUGUAAAUGGCAUCAAG